AUGCGUGUCUCUUCUGCUGCUGUCGUUGCCUCCCUGGCUGCCGGUGCCAUUGCGACCGAGUACAAGACCGUUGUUGUGACUGAGUAUGCCACUUACUGCCCUCAGGCCACUUCUCUGGCUGCUGGUCCCGGUACUGCCAGCCAGGGUAACCCCUCUGCUGCUCAGCCUUCCACCGUCACCAUCUCCGGCACUGCCUACACCUACAGCACUCCUCUGGUCACCUCCACUGUGACCCACUGCGACAAGUGCUCUGCCACCGCUGCUCCUGCCACUGAGACCGGUGUUGCUGUUGUCACUGGCACUGGUGCCACUCCCAGCACGGGCUCGGGCUCGGGCUCGGGCUCUGGCUCGGGCUCCCCUAGCUCUGGCUCCGGCUCCGAAGCCUCCCCUAGCGGUGCUGAUGCCGUUGGCACCGGGCCUACCCCCAGCUCCGGUUCCGGCUCGACCCCCGGAUCCACUGGUUCUGAGACCUCCCCCAGCGGUGCCUCCUCUGGCAACACUGGUUCUACUCCCAGCUCCGGCUCGGGUUCCUCCGGUUCUAGCACCGGCUCUGAGUCUUCUCCCAGCGGUGCUUCCUCCGGCAACACUGGCUCCACCCCCAGCUCCGGCUCUGAGACCUCCCCCAGCGGUGCUUCUGCCGUUACCGGUGGUUCCCCCAAUGAAGGCUCCAGCUCCUCCGGCAGCUCCUCCGGCAGCUCCUCCGGAUCCUCUGGAUCCUCUGGAUCCCCCGGUGCUGGCGCUUCCUCUCCCAGCGGAGCCACGGGAGCCCACCCCCAGGGAGUCAAGCCCACCCCUGGCCCCAGCGGAAUCUUCUCGACCCGCCCCGUGAUCCCCUCCGGCCGUCCUUCCUCCUCCAAGCCCAUCCCCUCCGCCUCCGCCAGCCCCGUGGCCAGCGCUAGCUCCAGCUCCAGCUCCUCUUCCUCCUCCAGCACCGGCUCCUCCCCCGAGGGUGUUUCCGCCCAGGGCACUGGCUCCAGCUCCGGCUCGGCCACCAGCCCCUCCGCCCCCGUCUUCACUGGCGGUGCUUCCCGUGCUGCCGUCGGCGCUGGUGCCGGUCUCGCCACCGUCUUCGCUCUCGUCGCCUACCUGUUGUAA